AUGGCUCGUCGGCAAAGUACGACGCCAAGUUCUCAGGGUCGCAGAAUUGGGUCAACAGUAGUGCCAAAGAUUCGUCUUCAAACAAGUUCGCGGCGAGCCACACAGAGAAUCGCUUUAGCCGGUGAAGGUUCAGCAUCAUCAACAAACAUCGCAAGCCGCCCGGCAUUAAACAACGACGAAACAUCUGGCAGGACCCUUGACUUUGCACUAGGAGAUUCAACAUACUACAACUCGGCAGUUUUAACAGGUCUGUCCCCUUCCCGUGACGGACACUCGCAACCUUCAGCCCUGCCAGCCUUUCAAACUCAACCGUCCCAGAACCCACCGGCACUAUCUCAACGCGGUCCUUCUUGGGGCGGCCUACUGCAUGCGUUAGAACCACCUCAUCAACGAGACUUGCCCUUGGAAGGUGUCCAAGAAGCGUGUCUCUUACGAUAUUUCAUAGAAGAGUUGUCCCAUUGGUUUGAUCUGGUUGAUCCGCAGCGAAGAUACCAACUGGUUGUUCCGGAACGAGCCAGGCGAUAUCCCCCCUUACUAAAUGCCAUAUUAGCAAUGUCCGCACGGCAUUUAUGCCGCGUUGAGAAAUACAAGACACCCCGAGGAAUCGUAUAUCGCGGCCAGCCAUUACCAAAUCUCAGUUCACACUCCGCAGUUGAGUAUAUGCUUAAGUGUAUCCCCGUCCUCAAAGACUUUCACACUACGCAGGAUGGAGAGACUAGAGAACUCAUCGUGACAACGGCUGUGAUUCUGCGUCACUUUGAGGAGUUAGACGAUGAAGAUGAAGAUCCUGCUCUUGAUACUCACCCAGACGAGGGUGUAAACUUCCUCGCGAUUCUGAACGCUGUUCUACGAAGUCUAACCUCGGAUGAUCUUAUUAACCGUCGAGAACUUCUUAUUGCAUCUUACUGGGUUGCUUUGCGACAAGAAGUCUACUAUGCUCUUCGGAAAGGAUAUCCAGCGCAGAUGGUUGAACCACCUGCUGAGUGGUCAGAUAUAUCGCCAGCGAAUAGAAUCGUCUUCCAUACGAGUCAGGUCACAAAAUGGUUGUUUGACGACAAGUCCGAGAGUGGAUGGCACAAACUCAAAGAACAAGAGGAAUAUCUUGAUCAAUACGUAACCGGCCGCUUUGAACCCAUUCUUCAUCGACCACCAGACCGCGUCUUGGGAGAAGUAUUUCCUACAAUGUGGUAUGCUUCACCGAUCGCCUUAACAGGUAUGCAACACAUGAUGAUAGCGAAGAUGAUCUUAAUCGCAGAGUCACCUCUCCUCUCACAAGCUGAGGAUGUUCGUACUGCAUAUCGCAAAGCCGAAGGCGAGGUGCGAAACCUAGUCCUUCAAGUCUGCGGCACUGCCGUCCAACAUCCCGAUACCCAACCAGGUCUCGUAAAUGCCAUCCUAGCUAUACAAAUGUAUGGGAGCUACUUCACCGAUCCAUGGGAACAAGAAGCACUUAAGAAGACGGUUCAGUUGUUUAAGGAUUGCCAGGCUUGGCCGCUACCCAAAGCUUUGAGGGAGCGAUAUUAUAAGCCAUAG